AUGGAGCCGCUUAACCAAAUUAACACAGAUGCUGACCAGCCGCGUUCAGCUCCGAGUCUCUUAGCUAAGAGUAAAUACUGCUUUUUCAACAUACUAUCAUACUACUACUCAAGAGCUGAAGCCAAAAUGCUUCUAAAGAGACUAAGCUAAAGAGGGAGAGAUUUGUGCCAGGAUACCUAUCUGAAUCUUUUGAAGCCUCUCGCAUACAACUUAGAGAUCCGAUCUCCUCAGCAGAUUAUAGUGCUUCAUAGGUUCACCAAUAACUUCUUUUUUGACGAUGAAAUAUAACUAGAACUUUAUCUAGACUUCAAUAGACUAGAAGAAAGAACUGUGAUUAGCCUAAUCAAAGCCAUUUAAGACUGUAGCAAUAUCGCAAUUUUAAAAGUCGCGGGAUCUCCUAAUCCUGUAUUUGCUCAUAACCUAUUCGAAAUGCUUGGCACUAACAAAACAAUAAAAGAGAUUGAUGUAAAUAUUGAGUUCUUCAAGCCAAACAACUUCCUAGUGCUCCAACAUAGUCUCUCUAAAAACUCCAUUCUUGAAAAAAUCUCAUUGAGGAAAUGUUCAGUUUCAAACACUGACAUAGAGUUGAUUGUCAGAGGUAUGAAUUCAAACCCUAGUAGACCUAUCAAAGCAUUUGAACUACACGACAUUAUAUUACCAUCGCAGAGUAUCAAGGCACUUACAUCAUAUCUUUCAGAGAUCGAUCCAAAAAGUUUUAAAGAGUUUAGUCUAUCUUUUGUCUAAAAUGUUGACUCUGAUGAUCUGACUUUGAUGCUGAGCAAGAACCAAAACUUGGAAAAGGUUCAUAUUCGCAGCUGCUUUUUCGAUAAGAACCUUUCUUUACACAAUCUUAAGGAUCAUAGAAACAUUUAAGAGCUCCUAAUAAGCAACAUUAAUAUUGACUCGACAUUAAUUCAAAAUCUGGCUUUAACAAUAAAUGAAACAUUAAUCAAGAAAUUAAUAAUUGAUAGUUGCAAGGGCAGUAUUCAAGACUUUGCUUGGGUCAAGCUUGGCAAUUAGAUUGGCUAGUCUCAAACUCUCACUCAUCUUGAAAUCUCCAAUUUCGCUUCAAAUAAUCUCCACUUUCUCACUGCUGGAAUAGUCCAAAAUAAGAGUUUAUGGACUUUGAUCAUAGAGUAAUGCAAGCUUCAGACAAUAGCCCUAGCACCAAUUACCAAUUUAGUUAGCUAGAAUAAAAAUCUUAGAACACUAAAAUUGGGUCAUAAUAAUUUCACUAAUACCCUUGAACUUCUAUAGCUUUCGAAAGCAUUAGCUCUCAAUUAAUCAAUCUUAGAGCUAGACCUGAAUAGCAAUCAGCAUAUCCCCAUGGAGUUCUAUAACUUCCUUCAAGUUAACCAGUCAUUGCGAUAUUUGAGAAUGGCUAUGUAAAGUAACCACUUGCAAAUCCUACUCAGUAUUCUCAAAGAUAAUCAUGGUCUUUAAUCAAUUGACUUGAUGUAAACUAGAUUCUCCUAUCAGCAAAUUGAAGAGAUUGAGAAACUUAAACACGUCAAGAUCUACUACUAUGACGAUAAAAUGUGA